GAACCUGGUGAAGAUGAAAUGGGCUGAAUCAACGUCAGCCGCGAAGCGCCUUCUAAUCACUCGCAGGUACUUCCGGAGGCGCGAGUGCGCGACGCUCGGGAGCGACGUGGGGCGGAGUCUAGGCCAAGCGGGCACUGCGGAUCUCAACUGAGCGUCACUGUGCUCGCCGGGCUGAGGUCGGCUCAGCAACCAUGGCGAAAGGCAGAGUCUCCGAACGAUCGCAGACGGGGGCACUCCACGCGACCCCAGAGGGGGACGGAGUAGCGGGGACGCGGGGUCCCGCGGCGCCGGGCGGCGGAGACCACCUGAAGGAGAAAGCCUGGGCAGAAGCUGGGUCAGCAAGAAUGUCACUCCUUAUAUUGGUGUCCAUUUUCUUAUCUGCAGCUUUUGUUAUGUUUUUGGUAUAUAAAAAUUUUCCUCAGCUUAGUGAAGAAGAAAGAAUGAAUAUGAAGGUUCCCAGAGAUAUGGAUGAUGCCAAGGCUCUAGGAAAAGUUUUAUCCAAAUAUAAGGACACCUUUUACGUACAAGUACUUGUAGCUUAUUUUGCUACGUAUAUUUUCUUGCAAACAUUUGCUAUUCCUGGCUCUAUAUUCCUCAGUAUACUCUCAGGGUUUCUUUAUCCCUUUCCAUUAGCCUUAUUUCUUGUUUGUUUGUGUUCUGGACUUGGUGCCUCAUUUUGCUAUAUGCUCUCCUAUUUAGUUGGGAGACCAGUUGUAUAUAAAUACCUGACAGAGAAAGCAGUAAAAUGGUCACAGCAGGUUGAACGUCAUAGAGAACAUCUCAUUAACUACAUUAUAUUUUUGAGAAUAACACCAUUUCUGCCCAAUUGGUUUAUUAACAUUACAUCUCCUGUGAUAAAUGUGCCAUUGAAGGUUUUUUUUAUUGGCACUUUUCUAGGUGUCGCUCCUCCCUCAUUUGUAGCAAUUAAGGCAGGAACAACACUAUACCAGCUUACGACAGCAGGGGAAGCUGUUUCCUGGAACUCAGUAUUUAUUCUGAUGAUUUUAGCUGUUCUUUCUAUUCUGCCAGCCAUCUUCCAGAAGAAACUAAAGCAGAAAUUUGACUAAAAAAAUCGUCUGGUUUUUAGUUUUCCUAUCAUCAUCAUCAUCAUCAUCAUUAUCAUCAUCAUUUUAGGAUUAGCAGUUGCUUCCAUUUAUGUUUUUAAGUCAUCUCUUCAGUAACUGAAACAAGGAAUUUGUGAAAUAAAAUUUUCUGUCAGGCGGUUAAAAUAAUGCAUUUAAGUGUCAAAAGGAGAAAAGAGUAAAAAUGGAAAUUGAUGUACUAUGAACAAUGCUGUCAAUAGUUAACAGUAAACAUCUUAAUAAAUCACUAAACCAAGGGUAGCUAUAGAUAAUUAAUAGUGGCAUGGUAGGAAAUUUUUGAUCCAACUGAAACAUUCAAUUUAACUUAAUAUUUUUCUCUCUUAUCUCUUGCUAAUAACUAAAAUAGAUAUUUAGAAAUUCUAGAUUUUUAAAAAGUGUUGCUGUUCUUGCUAAUGUUAGCCUUUUUUUCAAAGCAUAAACUGGAAAACGAAAGCUUUAAAGAGAUUUACAUUUUUUUCCUCUUUUUAAAAAACCUUUGAGGUAAUAGGUUUGUUUCGAGGUCAUGUCUUAGAUCACUAAAUAUGGACAGUAUAUCAGUUUAUCUAUCUUAUGAAAUUUAGUUUUUUUUCUGUUCUAGAUUUUUAUCAUGGAUUAGUCUGAAAUUUAGAAUUCUGGCCACUCUGUUUUCAUCCUUUUUUCUAACUUUUACAGUAUUUCCACUGUGCAUUUAAAGAAUGAGAAUUACAUGAUAACUGUUUCAUAUUUGGUGUUGAUAAUUUAUAUUCAGAUAAUAUUUUGUUACAGUGUUUCUUUAAUAUCUCAAAAGGGGAUCUAAAAAGCAAACACUCGAAGUGUGCAGUUUUUAC